UCGGUCCACAGCUUGCGGGCUUUCGGAGACGCGCUGCCUCUCCUCCUCUCCCACGCCCCCACGCUCUCCAGCAAGGGCUCGCGCCCAGCGCCAGGCUGGGUUAAGGGCGGGUCGGGGUCCGCCCAGGGGAGGAGGAGCCGGAAGAACUACAUUUCCCAGGCUGCUGCGCGGUUCCGGACUCCAUUUCCCAGCAACGCCCGGGGCGCCCCGCCAGGACUCCAUUUCCCAGAGUUCCGCGGGAGGGCCCGACCUGAUCCCGCUCCCUCCACCUAACCCCAACGCGUGGCAGGACUCUCAGCCGGCGCCUGAAGCCGCUCUCCGGGCAGGUCAGGUAAGACGCAGGUGCAGCCAACAUGGGUGAGCCCCAGGGGUCCAUGCGGAUCCUAGUGACUGGGGGCUCUGGGCUGGUGGGCAGAGCCAUCCAGAAGGUGGUAGCAGAUGGGGCCAGGCUGCCCGGAGAGGACUGGGUGUUUGUUUCUUCCAAGGAUGCUGAUCUUACGGAUGCUGCACAGACCCGAGCGCUGUUCGAAAAAGUCCGGCCCACACAUGUCAUCCAUCUUGCUGCAAUGGUGGGGGGCCUGUUCCGGAAUAUCAAAUACAAUUUGGACUUCUGGCGGAAAAACAUACACAUCAACGACAACGUGCUGCACUCGGCCUUCGAGGUGGGGGCGCGAAAGGUGGUCUCCUGCCUGUCUACCUGCAUCUUCCCCGACAAGACCAGCUACCCUAUCGAUGAGACCAUGAUUCACAACGGACCCCCGCACAGCAGCAAUUUUGGCUACUCUUACGCCAAGAGGAUGAUCGACGUGCAGAACAGAGCCUACUUCCAGCAGCACGGCUGCACCUUCACCGCUGUCAUCCCCACCAAUGUCUUCGGGCCCCAUGACAACUUCAGCAUCGAGGACGGCCACGUGCUGCCUGGCCUCAUCCACAAGGUGCAUCUGGCCAAGAGUCGCGGCUCAGCCUUGACAGUGUGGGGCACAGGGAGGCCUCGGAGGCAGUUCAUCUACUCACUGGACCUGGCCCGGCUCUUUAUCUGGGUCCUGCGGGAGUACGAUGAGGUGGAGCCCAUCAUCCUGUCAGUGGGUGAGGAGGAUGAGGUGUCCAUCCAGGAGGUGGCUGAGGCCGUGGUGGAGGCCAUGGACUUCCAUGGGGAGGUCACCUUUGAUACAACCAAGUCGGAUGGGCAGUUUAAGAAGACGGCGAGUAAUGGCAAGCUGCGGGCCUACCUGCCCGACUUCCGGUUCACGCCCUUCAAGCAGGCCGUGCAGGAGACCUGUGCCUGGUUCACUGACAACUACGAGCAGGCCCGGAAGUGAAGUGUGCGGUGGGAGCAGGUGCCGCCCUCUCCCCGGCGCUCAGCCAGCAGAGCCCAGCGGCAGCCACUCAGAACCUGCCGGGACUGAGGGCACUGCCCUCGUGGCGGCCGGCCCCUGCCCCACGCCCUCUGCCGGGGCAGACCUGGCUGACUCUCCGGUGAGGCCACCGUUCACACCGUCCUCAGGGAAGCCAAGGCCUGGCCAGGCCCAGCACCCUGCUCCCCGACGCCAGUCGCAGAGCAUGUACAUUUCUGAUCCCUGGGAGCCAAUAAAGUGCGUUUCCACAG